AGCUGAGGGAGGAAGGCUGCUCUCUACCCCUUGCCCCCCCAAGGGCCCGGGUGCAUCUCUGGGCAUGAGGGGGUUAAGCCUGGUGGCCCUGAUGCUCCACGUAAGAGCUGGCUCGGGCAGCCGGCUGCGGUCAGGACCGAGGUAUAAGUAGAGUGGGAGACCCAAGGCCAAGGACUUGCCGCCACCCACCGGGUCACCGUCCACUACUGCCCCAGCCCCAGGCUGCAGCUAUGGCCCGUCUGGUGCUCCUGCUCAGCCUUGGUCUCCUGGCCAGCCUGCUGCCGGCGCUGGCCGCCUGCCCCCAAAACUGUCACUGCCACGGAGACCUGCAACAUGUCAUCUGCGACAAGGUGGGGCUGCAGAAGAUCCCCAAGGUGUCGGAGAAGACCAAGCUACUGAACGUACAGCGCAACCACUUCCCCGUGCUGGCCGCCAACUCGUUCCGGGCCAUGCCGAACCUCGUGUCCCUGCACCUGCAGCACUGCCAGGUUCGAGAGGUGGCCGCCGGCGCCUUCCGGGGCCUGAAGCAGCUCAUCUACCUGUACCUGUCCUACAACGACAUCCGGGUGCUGCACGCCGGUGCCUUUGACGACCUGACUGAGCUCACCUACCUCUACCUGGACCACAACAAGGUGACCGAGCUGCCCCGGGGGCUGCUCUCCCCCCUCGUCAACCUCUUCAUCCUGCAGCUCAACAACAACAAGAUCCGAGACAUACGGGCCGGCGCCUUCCAGGGUGCCAAGGACCUGCGCUGGCUCUACCUGUCCGAGAACGCGCUCAGCUCCCUGCAGCCCGGCGCCCUGGACGACGUGGAAAACCUUGCCAAGUUCCACCUGGACCGGAACCAGCUGUCCAGCUACCCCUCCACCGCCCUCAGCAAGCUGCGGGUGGUGGAGGAGCUGAAGCUGUCCCACAACCCCCUGAAGAGCAUCCCGGACCACGCCUUCCAAUCCUUUGGCAGGUACCUGGAGACCCUCUGGCUGGACAACACCGGCCUGGAAAAGUUCUCAGAUGGGGCCUUCCUGGGUGUGACCACGCUGAAACACGCCCAUCUGGAGAACAACCGCCUGAGCCAGCUCCCCACCAGCUUCCCUUUCCACAGCCUGGAGACCCUCACCAUCACCAACAACCCCUGGAAGUGUAGCUGCCAGCUCCAGCGCCUUCGGCGUUGGCUGGAGGCCAAGGCCUCCCGCCCAGAUGCCACCUGCAGCUCACCCUCCAAGUUCAGGGGCCAGCACAUUCGGGACACGGCCGCCUUCCGCAGCUGCAAGUUCCCCACCAAGCGCUCCAAGAAAGCCGGCCGCCACUAAACAGAGCAGUCCACGCCUAGAUGUCCUGGCAGGGAGACCUCGUGCACUCCAGCGCAUACCCAGCUCCCCUCGGACAGUGGCCAGGAGAGGACAUAGCACCUUUCCCAUCCAUUCUUCCUGGGCCCACCAUCAUGGCACCUUGCAGAGAAGCUGUUGCUAAUACCACCACCCAAGUCCCUUGGACCCAGACAGGGUGGGCAUCAGGAUGGCCACCCCUCUGGAACCACCCUGCCCUCUGUCCCUCUCUCCCCACCACUUGGAAACCAAUAUCAGAUCCAUGGCCCCCACUCCCUGCUUGUGUGCCCCCCCCAACCCUGAUUCCUAUCAAGAUAAAUGGAUGUAUGUA